AGAGCAGCUCGAGGAGCUGCAAGCCCAGCAGCACGCGCAUGAGAGCGCACAGCUUGUUUGUAAUUUGACUUUUCUUUUUAAAAAAAAAAAUUCAUCCGAGAAUAAAAGAAAAACCAGCAGCAGCACAUUAAAGGUCCAAACUGUCGCUGUGCCGAGUUUCACCUGGUUGUAAGCCACCGUUCCCACCCCCACCCCCAUACACCGAGCCGGGGAGAAAACCCUGCGCAUUCCUCCACGCAGAGAGCCCGGAGGGAGCGACCAGCAGCGGGGAAAGGUGAGCUGGAAGGGGGCCUCCUCACAAGGUGGGCCGGUGAAUUCUCCCACACUGGGGAUAGACGCGCUGUCUUGUGGUUUGGCUUUGUUGGAGGCUCGCUGUGGUUGUUGGUGAACCCUCGGUGACCAGAGGCACUCUAUGAUACCCUUGCUUUGAUGAAUAAUUUAAGCUCUCGCGGUCCAAGGCUCGCGCUGCGACAACCAUACGACCGUUGGCCGCCUGAACGGAUCCUGACGGUCAGCCACACCGGUCUGAAUUUGGAGGCUUAGCGAUAACGGAGAAGUAAAGGGAAAUUUUUGAGGUAGCUACUCGUCCGGGUGCUGCUUUGUAGCUCUCAGUCCUGUAGUCAUGUUGCCGAGCUGGUGGGGGAGGAGAGACCGAGCCCCCCAGCCGACCCAGUAUCUUUCCAUUUUCGGGUUUAUGUUAUGAGCUAUCCCGAACAGCAUCGCACUAUUUUUCUCCACGGAAGCCCCAGCGUCGUCUGUUGCUGCAUGCUGUAUUUAAAAGGAGGACUGUGGGUUCUGCUAAAGAGAGAAAAAAACGCCUUACACAACUGAUUUAAGUAUUCUGAUUUUUCAUCUGAUCUCACAACUGUUUUUGAAUAACUUUUUGAAUAAGUGGCUACCUCCUUGUUUUGUUUUUUGUGGCAAAUCUUUCUUCCUUUUUCAUUUUUUAAAUCGUCGAAUCUACCUCAAACACCACAUUAACGUGGAGAGAUAAUUAUCUUCUACACACCCCAAACGGGCUGAUGUGUCUCCAAAUGAAUACCUCAGCCUCGUCGUCGCGCAUGUUGUAAACUGAGCCCAGUUUUGGUGACGCUGCAGAUGGCUUCGUUUCCCGACUCGGACCUGCAGACGUGCCCGCUCUGCAAGGAGCUGUGCGGCUCUUCGGCUCCCAUUUCCUCCAGCUCUUCUACCUCAUCGUCUUCAUCUCACACCUCGUCUUCCUCCAGCCAAAGCACCAAGAGGCUCCACGUUCUGCCCUGCCUGCACGCCUUCUGCAGGCAGUGCCUGGAGGGACAGCGCAGUCCCGGGGACCCGCUGAAGCUGCGGUGCCCCACCUGCGACCAGAAGGUGUCCAUCUCAGAGGCCGGAGUGGACUCUCUGCCUUCCUCCAAUUUCCUCUUCAGCAACCUGCUGGAUGUGGUGGUGAGCUCAGAGGAGCAGAUCCAGAACAAGAAUGGCCACCACCACCACCACCACCACCACUCCCGGGGAGGUCUGGGUGGAGGCUCCUCUGGCUUCAGUCAUCCAUCACGUGGAAGCCUGUUGCACUCACACCACCUGGGAGAGCCUCAGUGCAGCUCCUGCGACGAGCAGAACCUGGCCACAUCCCACUGCCUUGACUGCCAGGAGUACCUGUGUGAUAACUGCGUGCGAGCACACCAGCGGGUGCGACUCACCAAAGACCACUUCAUCGAGCGCCUGGGAGAGAACUUCCAUCUGAGCAGGGUCAACGCUAACAGCAACGCCAGCCAGCCAGGGAUGUCCGUGUCCCUCGCCCAGUCCCUGCAGAACAAUUUCGCGCUGCUGUCCCUGUUCCAGGAUCGCAUGAGCUACUGCCAGCACCACGACAGCGAGGUGUUUCUGUUCUUCUGUGAAACCUGCACGGUGCCUAUCUGCAGAGAGUGCAGCAUGGGCCGUCACAUGGGCCACACUUUUGUUUACCUGCAAGACGCCGUUCAGGACUGCCGGGCCAUCACCAUCCAGCUGCUGGCAGAUGCACAGCAGGGACGACAGGCGGUGCAGCUAAGCAUGGAAAAGGUCCAGGCCAUGUCCGAGCAGGUGGAGAUCAAGGCUAAAGUGGUGCAAACAGAAGUGAAGGCUCUUGUCCUGAGACACAAGAAAGCGCUGGAGGAGAGGGAGUGUGAGCUUCUAUGGAAGGUGGAGAAGAUCCGCCAGGUGAAGGCCAAGUCUCUGUACCUGCAGGUGGAGAAACUCCACCAGAGUCUCACCAAGCUGGACAGCACCAUUGCUGCUGUAAGCCAGGUGUUAGAUGAGGGCCACCACCUGGAUGUGUUGGUGGCGAGGGAGCGAAUGCUCACUCAGAUCCAUGAACUCAAGGCCCUCAGAGGCUUGCUGCAGCCACAAGAGGACGACCGCUUCAUGUUCACUCCUCCAGACCAGGCGCUCUACAUUGCCAUCCAGUCCAUGGGUCUGAUUAGCAGCGGGGCUUUUGCCCCCGUGACCAAAGCCCACGGUGAGGGUCUGAAAAGUGCCCUUCGCAGUAAGCCUACCUCCUUCACUGUGGUUGGAUACGAUCACGAUGGCGAGCCACGUCUUUCAGGUGGGGAUGCGGUGUCUGGAAUAGUCAUGUCGGUUACAGAUGGUAAUGUGUCCGCAGCUGAUGUAACGGAUCACCAGAAUGGCUCGUACACCGUCGGCUACCUGCCAAAAUGUGAGGGGGAGCAUCUCGUGUCCGUGCUGGUGUGCAACCAGCACAUCCAGGGCAGCCCCUUCAAGGUGACUGUGAAGUCUGGGCGGAGCUAUGGGUCACUCGGCAACCAAGUGUCAUCCUUUGGCUGUGAGGGCGAGGGAGACGGUCAACUUUGUCGACCCUGGGGCAUCUGUGUGGACAAGGAGGGAUACGUGGUGGUGGCUGAUCGCAGCAACAACCGUAUACAGAUAUUCAAGCCUUGCGGUGCCUUCCACCAUAAGUUUGGCUCUCUGGGUUCUCGACCUGGUCAGUUUGAUCGUCCGGCUGGGGUUGCAUGUGACUCUCAGAGGCGAAUUGUUGUGGCUGAUAAGGACAAUCACCGUGUGCAGGUGUUUACUUUCGAAGGCCAGUUCCUGCUGAAGUUUGGGGAAAAGGGUACCAAGAAUGGGCAGUUUAAUUAUCCCUGGGAUGUGGCUGUCAACUCUGAGGGUAAGAUCCUGGUCUCAGACACCCGAAACCAUCGUGUGCAGCUCUUUGCCCCUGACGGUUCUUUCCUCAACAAGUACGGGUUUGAAGGGACCCUGUGGAAACACUUUGACUCUCCCAGAGGUGUAGCCUUUAACCACGAAGACCACCUGGUGGUGACCGACUUCAACAACCACCGCCUCUUGGUUAUUCGACCAGAUUGCCAGUCUGCUCGCUUCCUGGGCUCCGAGGGCACCGGGAACGGACAGUUUCUGCGUCCCCAGGGCGUCGCCGUGGACCAAGAGAACCGCAUCAUUGUGGCCGACUCGCGCAACCACCGAAUCCAAAUAUUCGAGCCCAACGGAAACUUCUUAUGCAAAUUCGGCUCGCAUGGGAGCAGCUUCGGACAGAUGGAUCGCCCCUCCGGUGUGGCCGUGUCGCCCGAUGGAGCCAUUGUGGUCGUUGACUUUGGAAAUAAUCGCAUCCUCAAGUUCUAAAAGGAAAAAACCAAACUUUUUUUGUAUUCUCUCCCUACCUUUGCCUUUUUUUUUUUUUUUUUUGCAGUU